GUGGAAAGAUGGAAUAAAAAACUCAAUUCCAAUGUUUUUAACGAGUCUUACUCCAUACGUAAACACCAACAUUGUUGUUUGUGAAUUGGAACAAAAUGACAAAUUGGAGAAAGGUUUAUACUAUUUUCAAUUGUCAAAGUAUCCAAAAAAUAUCGAGGAAAUGAAAAUUGCUCGUUAUUUCUUUCAAUUGCUGUUUAAUUGUUCUUUCACCUUUUUUGAAAUUCAUCUGGCAAUAAUUAACUCACAAAUGAUUGAAUUAUUAUUUGAUGACGUCAAAGUCCCUUUACAAAUACAUACACAAGAAACUGAUUUGAUGUUUUACGAUGAUCAUCCUUUAAAUAUUGUUCGGAAUCAUUUGGUUGCUAAUGAAUUUAAUAUUGAAUUUGGUAAACGUUUUGAUUUCGAUGUGGAAAAGAAGGCGGACGUUGUAUUAGAAAUUUUGGCAAAUGGUGGCGAUAAAUUUUCUAGUAUUUAUCUUGAGUAUCUUCACUCUAAACUUUACAAUUUAAUUAUUGAGCAUAUAGUAGCAUCACAAGAUAUUACUAAAAUGGUGAAGAAAAUUCAUUUUGAGGGUAUGUAUGGACCUCUUAUUUCAAGUGAAAAUGCAAUAAAUGCUAAAAUUGAGGUUAUAGACAAUAUUAAAAUUACAAAAUUUCAACUUGUCAAUAAAUACAAUCCAAAAAUUGUGUUUUCUGUAUCUGCUAAACAUUACAAUAAAAUUCAUGCGCCAGGUCAGGAAAAUUGUGAAACGGGAGUUGAUGCUAAAAUAAGGAGAAUUAACUGAUUUAUUUAAAUUUAUUUAAAUAGUUUAGGUAUGUAAAAUUUAUUAGAGUUGUGUUGGCGACAUGUUUUAUUAACCGAUUUCUUUUCUGUUUUUGGUUUUUUAGAUUUUGAAACCCCUCCCCCUUUGGUUUUUGAUUUUGAAUUUUAGUUUUAAAUAUUUGAUUUUUUUUUGGGAAAAUUUUUUUACGGAAAAAGCAUC